UCUGUGCACAGCUGUUUUGUGUAUGGUGUUAGUAGUUGGUAGGAGCCCCGCGGGGCUAGCCCUGUUGGACACCCCUGUCAAGCCGAAGACAUACACAGUGAACGUGGAAGAUCCCCCGGAGACACGCUGGGUCCAAGUAUUGAAAGACUUUAAGUUCAUGGUGCCUGAGUUAAAUAAGACUGUCCAGACUCUUGUACCGGCAGAGUUCAUUCCCUUGGCUGAGCAGAUUGGUGCUCAACUCGACAAAUCCAUCAUACAGCCGUUUGCAGAUGAAAUCAAAGGGGUUGCCAAGAUAUUCGGUCUUCCGCUGGGAGAAAUGGUACUGCUGAAUAUAAUAUACGAUAUGACAGCCUUCUGCACGAGUGUGGUGGCCCAGGAUUCCGCCGGAAACAUCUGGCACACCAGGAAUUUGGAUUAUUAUUACGGUGAUGUCCUUAGGAACAUGACCAUUGUGGUAAACUUCCAGCGAAACGGAAAGACUGUGUACACAGCCACCACAUACGCGGGCUAUGUCGGCAUCCUAACAGGACAAAAACCAGGGCUGUUUAGCGUAUCCGUGGAUCAGAGAGGCCAUAAAGUUCACGUUGGUACAUAUUGGCAGAAUCUUUUGAUCGCCAUCCUGGACAAAAACUCUCAGUUUGUGAGUUUCCUUGUCAGAGAGGUUUUGGAGAAUGUGACGAGUUUUGACGAAGCUGUUCGGCAAUUAUCGUACCGAAUAAUCCAUGCUCCUGUUUAUUACAUUGUGGGUGGCGCAAAGAAGGGGGAAGGUGUCGUUAUCACUCGAGACCGACUUGCGGCCGUUGACAAGUGGAACAUAGAACCUCUAUUUGGAAAAUGGUAUAUCCUGGAGACGAACUAUGAUCACUGGACAACUCCCCCGCCAUCUGACAAUCGACGAACGCCAGGGAUAAAAGCCAUGGACAAAGUAGGUCAAGCGGGCGUAAAUAUGACGUCACUUUUUGACGUCAUGUCCACAAAUCCCGUCAUGAACAUGAACACCACCUAUACCGCUAUUAUGAGCGCUGGAAACCCGCAGCUGUACACUACCUGGAUCCGAUGGCCCAAAGAAGGAGGAGGUGUGAACGACUGAUUGAUAG